CCCCGCCCCCUUGUGCAACUACCACUAAGCCAGGCCCAUCCAGAUCUGCAGUGAGCUGGUUCAUUGACCGGGAGAAUUUGUAUGCCUUUUUGUUGCACAAGCCCAAUUAUCCAGUUCACUCAGGACAUCAGGAGGAAGCAGCCAUUCUACUCACAAGAAAGGAUAAAAGAGAAGAGAGCCACAAUUUCACAGAUGAAUCAGGAAGAGGCGGUGUGAAGUGCUUUUGAACCUCCAGUCCAGCAGCAGUCCCAGGACAUGGUAGCAGCUCAUAAAGACACUCAUUUAAGAUCAACAAAUGAAUUCUGAAAGAGAGGCUGCUGAAAUUAUCACAAUUUCAUCUUCCUUUGAGAACUACCUGCAGCAUUUGCUGCAUUGCCUGAUUUCACUGGAGGGAAAGCAAACAACUCUCUGGAGCAACAAACAACAAUUCUGUGAAGCAGUCGGUUCAGACAUCCAAAGUGAAUAGAGGACUUUUUCCAAGACUUGUCCUGCUCAGUCUCAUGCAUUGAAGAGCCCUGAGGACUUUUUGUUUUGAUGCUACUAUUUCCAUAACUGCUCGUAAGCCUGAAUAUCUACCCCAACAAUGAACACGACUAUACACUGGGAUCUUACAUUUCAACCUGAAGAGGUCAACAGUUCAGCCCUUUUCAGGAGCAGGGAGGAUGAUGGAUUCUGUGAACUAGUCUUCAUCAAAGCUGAUGUGUUCUUGUCACUGGGGAUCAUCGGCCUUUUGGAGAACAUCUUUGUCAUCCUUGCAGUGAUCAAAAAUGGAAACCUACAUUCCCCCAUGUACUUUUUCCUUUGUAGCUUGGCAGCAGCUGACAUGUUAGUGAGCAUAUCCAAUGCUUUGGAAACUGUCAUGAUUGUCCUCUUGGAGAAUGGCUAUUUAAACAUCAACAACAGCCGCUUCAUCCAACAGAUGGACAAUGUCUUUGACUCAAUGAUCUGCAUCUCUUUGAUUGGUUCCAUAUGCAACCUUUUGAUCAUAGCCAUUGACAGGUAUAUUACCAUUUUCUAUGCACUUCGUUACCACAGCAUCAUGACAGUGAAGAAAGCUCUGGCCCUCAUCGGGAUGAUCUGGAUUGCUUGCAUCUUUUGUGGCAUCAUGUUCAUUGUUUAUUCUGAGAGCAAAACUGUUAUUGUCUGCCUCAUUGCCAUGUUUUUUACCAUGCUUUUCCUCAUGGCCUCACUUUAUGUUCACAUGUUCUUGUUUGCACGUCUGCAUGUCAAGCGCAUUGCAGCCUUCCCAGUGGAUAAUGUCCCCCACCAGCGUACCUGUAUGAAAGGGGCUGUCACCAUCACCAUUCUCCUUGGGGUCUUUAUUGCCUGUUGGGGACCUUUUUUCCUUCAUCUCAUUCUCAUCAUUUCUUGCCCCACCAACCCACAUUGUAUUUGCUAUGCCUCACAUUUUAACACGUACCUUGUUCUUAUUAUGUGCAAUUCAGUCAUCGACCCUAUUAUUUAUGCUUUUCGGAGCCUGGAAAUGCGAAAGACCUUCAAGGAAAUGGUUUGCUGCUGUUUUGGCUUGAGUUCAGGAUAAUACAUGCUCUGAAGUGUUAGCCUACUACUGUCCUUGGAGACAUUAAACAAGGUUAACACUGAAGCAAAAAUCCUAAACACAACCCUAAAUGGUGCCAUACUGGUGGUGAAAGAUUUAUACAAUCCAAAGAGAAAAACAGAGUAUUUCUAGCAGUGAUCUAAAGAAGGCUUAAGAAAUGGAAAAUGUCAAGGGAAGGGCAGGAGUGAUUUUUCUUUCCCCUUUAUACUUUUCACUCAUAACUUUGUCAAAGGGAGCAUUUAUGCAAUUUGAAUUUAAAUAGGUAAUGAAAACAGCAGUUUUAAAAAAUCACACAAGUUUACAUGAAAGGGUCAUUCAGCUGGACUGCAGAAACAGAAUGAUGCACAUUUCUGUUCUAGGGCUUCUAUUCUUUUUACAUUGAAAGAGAGGAAGGAAUUUCAGCAGGUACUUUAGAAAUCUGCACCUGGAUGAAAUCUCCCAUCUGUACAACUGUUAAAUGUGGCGAACCCUAUUAUUGAAAGUUUGACCAUUCUGAAUGGAAAUAUUUCACUGAAAAAUAAUGAUGCUUCACUUCUGCCCACUUUUGCUUAUGAGUAAACUCCUUUAACAUACAUCCAAAAAGGAGGAGGAGGAGGAGGAUGGACCAAGGCUACAGUUCUAUGAACAUAGGUGUAAAUCACAUUGAAAACAGACAGCUUGACUUCUGAGUAAAUGGGUUUAGGAUUACAAUGUAUAAAAAGGAUAUCUUUCACAAGCAAAUUGCCUCUUUAAAAUAAGUGCAUUUCAUCAGCAUCAUUUUAAAAAAAUGUUUCAGGAGCAACCUGUAUAGUAAAGGAGAACUCAGCCUGUGUUCUCAGAAUGAACAGAAUGUAAUUAUAGAUUGUAUUUCUUAUUGCCUUUCCCAACUUAAACAGGCUGUUCAAUAGAUAUGAGCAAAAUCAAAUCAUGAGUGCAUCUCCUCCAAGGUAUAUCUUUCUGUUUUAAAGUGAUGAGAGUGGAGAUUAUCAGAAGAGGGUAGAAAAGACUUGUCACUUGAGGUAUCCUUUUGAACAAAAUGGAGAAGCAGAUGCAUAAAGAAUUUUAGCUCUGGAAGAGCUAUCAAAGUAAACCCUGUUUUUCCUCUACAGCACUGUGAGUUAAGUAUAAAAUAUGUUAAAUAUUAUUCUAUAUCUUAUGGUCUUUUUAUUCCAUGUUUUUCAUGUAGCUACAGAACAAAUUGUAAUUUAAUAAUAAUAAUAAUAAUAAUAAUAAUAAUUUUAUUUAUAUUUUCCCACCUCUCCCAGGUAGAUCAAGGCGGGAUCACAAACCAGUAAAAUACACAACAUACAAUAAUAAAUUACGAUAAAACUUUAACUACUAAUUCUGUUAAAACAAGUUCUAACAUUACAUAGUUGACAGUGGGAUGGGGGAAUACAGAUUCAAGGAAGGAAGGGGUAAUAUACCUUAUAUGAGGUCAGGUGGAUAAGGUCGCCGGAAGAGAUCUGUCAUAAUUGCCCUCCUGAAAGCAUCCAGGGAGGUGAUAAGAUGGGUCUCUUCCAGGAGACUGUUUCAUAAUUUUGGACAAGAAAUGCCUUAAAAAGAUAGUUGUGCAGAGUUGUUCCUAAAGAGGAUUGUUGCAUAGCUGAUUUGUGAUAGUAUACUUUUUCAACCAAGCAGCUUCAUGACAUGUGUGAAUUAGCCACAUGGAUUCAGGUACAUAUGCAGUACCAUUGUAUAUGCAGAGGUUCACAGGUACUAGCAUUCAGCUGUGCAUUAAGUUGCGCCUUUGGAUAAGCCUAUUGUUCAAUUUUACCACUCAUAACAACAUUUGUAUAGCUCAUUCUAUGCAUAAAUCUACAUGUGGAAAUAAGCAACCCUGAGGUAGGAUCUCAGCCAUUACAAGUUAACCAACUUUAUUUAAAUUGCUGUAGACACUGGUGCUAUAUAUAAACCAGUAUCCCAGUAUUAACAAAGGAGGCACACAAGUGUUUCAUGAGUCACAAAGAGUUUGACAUAAAUCAUGACAGCUGCAGGUGCUUUAAACAAGUCAUUAGUCUGUUUGGAAGAAGCUCCUGCACUGUCAAACCAAAAUGAAAUUAUACUGAAUCAAAACUGACAGAUUUGUCUCUCCACACUGAGAGCUUUGAGGUUGUGACCCCAUAAAAUCUGGGUUUGAGGGCAGUAUGUUCAGUCUUGCCAAUGCUGAAAAACAUUUAUUGCCUUUUUCCCCAUGAAACAUCUUAAUUUUUAACAGCUUUAAUACCAGGUACUAUAGACUAUAUUUCAGAGGAAGGAAGUGGCAAAACUACCUCUGAGUAUUCCUUGCCUAAGAAACCUCUAUGAAAUUCAUGGGGUCACCAGAAAUUGACAGGGGAUUUUAAGGCACAUAGACUCACAAAGCAAACAUAUAUAACACAUCUACAAGGUUUAGCUCCCGAGUCUUCUUGACACAAAUGGGCUAGGAGGAGUUUGUGUGCAUUGUUUUUGAAGAAUUUACAACAUACGCAAAUGUUUGCAACUGGCAUUCACUCCCACACACACACUGGGCCCAUUAACAUUGUACAAUUAUAGUGCUACAUGCCACUUCGACUGCCAUGGUGACAUCCCAUGGAAUCCUGGGAUUGGGAGUGUAGAGAUGGACAUUUAGAAUUAGAGUUUAUUCCUAUCUGUGAAGAUGCCAGCCACAGAUACAGACAAAACAUCAGGAAUAAACUCUUCCAGAACAUGGCCACAUAGCCCAGAAAACCCAAAGAAAACAAUAGACCUUGUUGGUGAGGUAAUAAUAAUAAUAAUAAUAAUAAUAAUAAUAAUUAUUAUUAUUAUUAUUAUUAUUAUUUAUAUCCCGCCUCUCUACAAAAUGCAAUCGAGGCAGCUGGUAAUCCAUGCUGGGUUCCAUAACUGAGCUUCUCAAAGAGAAACUCAAAAUUUCCUUCUGAAAAACUCAACGAACCCUUCUGAACAAUCCAGAUUUUCAAGAGAAUCUGAAGAUCAUUGAUCUACUGUUCAGUGUAAAAUUAUGAAGCAUUGUAAGAGUAUGUAUACCAGCCUAGUAUCCUUGACUGUUUCAAAGUGUCGUAGAGCCUACAGGUAACAAAUACCCCAUGUUUCCACUUUGGGGACAGACCAUAGUUUGGGAUUGGGCACCUUCUUUGCAUGAAAAUGGUCCGAGAACACUCACCACCAACUCCAUGCAGGGCUGGGUAGAAAUAUCCUGUCUAAAACCAUGCGGAACUACUUAUGGAAGAAAUAAUGAAGUUGAGCAUGGGAGCACUGUAUAACAUGGGUGUUACAAUUUCUCAUUGUAAUCUACCUUUUUGCAUUCUGCAGUUCUGCUUGCUGUAAAAUUAUGCCUCACGAUUGUCCUUUGUAUGCUCUUAUGGAAUCCAGUAUAUUUUCAGUUAUAGUUUUGGUUGCCAUUUUAAUGUAAUUUUUGUGAGUUUUAUUUCAUUUCCACUUUAGGUUUUCUGAUUCCGCUCUGCUGAAAAAGUAAUAAUCUCUCAAAUAAAACAACUCUGAAAUCA